AUGUAUGUAAUGUACCGCACAUACUCAUUAGACAGGACUUUGCUUAUAAUCAACCAUUUCUCCUCUUCAUCUCAAACCUUCUCUCCAGAACUCCAAAGAAGGUCAAACUGCCUGAGUGAGGAUGUCUACCUGCAAUCCCUGGCCUCAAAGCUAGACUGUGCAGCGGUCUAUAGGAAGCUUGGACUGCCUCUCCUGGAGAAUAACUCGGUCAAGUUCUCUAACCUGAUUGGUCCCGUCAAUAUCCCAUUUGCACAGUACCAAGAUGCUCUCUUCCAUGUAUUAAUAAGAUGGAGAAAUCAAGCGGGCUCAAGUAUAGCAUCCAUGGAAGACCUCAAGCAAGCCUUCCUUCGACAUGGCCUGAUUGAUACUGCUCAAAAGCUUCAUCGGUUGGAAUAUGGAUCAAAUGCCAGUCCUAUUGAUAUACCUAGCAGAAGUGAGGACAUGGACACCGACGGUCCUCCAAGAAAUAGACCCCUCUCUCAACAAGAGUUCUUCGACAUUUAUCUAUUAGCGUCAUCCAAGGAAACAGCGUAUUUUUCUAAGAUGAAGAAUCUCAUUCGAAGGAACAUGUGGAGAAUGACGACUCCUUUUGAGAGUAAACUUGGUGUACCGGUUUUAGAAAGCAUUGAGAAGGCCGUCUUAAACUGUUCCCACGUGGUGUAUCUUAUCACGAAAGAGGAUUGUGAACGCAAAGAUGCAAGUCACACCAUGACGAUUGAGAUGGCGUUCCAGUCUCUCACAGACAAUGGCUUAGGAGGCAGGAUUAUUCCUGUGUUCUGUUGUGAUAUGUCUUUCGUCCCGCUUAAACUGAGGAGCUUGACGGGAGUAAACAUUCGCAGCGAAGAGCUCGAAGAAAGAUUGCGGAAGACUAUUGAUGUGAGCAUCAGGGAGGAUAGAGAAGAGGAGUAUCGCUCAGUUUCAGAACUGAGCACCCAAGCCAAUGAUGAUGAACCACUGCCUUUGAUCUCAUCUAGUAUGGCAACAGGUCAAUGAAUAGGACAAGAAUGGAUUAACUACAUCUCUUCUUUUUCUCACUCUCCGACUCUUACCCCCUUUCUCUCCGACCCCCCCCCCCCCCCUUCUGUCUCUGUGAC